AUGAGCCAAGUUAGAAUCAACGGGGAUACUGUUCACGUCACAAUCGCACCAUAUCUAGGUGGUAAAGGUACUUCCAUUCCUGAGAUAUCAGAAAUGACACUUACCCUCCCCGGUUUUCAUAAAGAGAAGGAAGCGGCUUUGCAAGCAGUGCAGGCGAUAUUGAAAGCUGAAUGCAAGAUACCGUUGCAAGGUAUAAUUUCAAUGGAUUAUUCUCGAAUCCCAGAAACGAAAAGUAUUGAUGAUGAAUGCGAAGCUAUCAUGUAUUCUAGAACAAAUCGUUCUCCCAACGUCAACAGCAUUCAAAAAGGAGAAGGAGAAGGUAUAAAGUAUGAAGGAACUUUUGAUGUUUAUUCUGGUAAAGUCAAACUUGGUGGUCAUAGAGAAAUCAUGAGUCAAGCUUCAGCAUUAACAGAAUUACUCAUUCCAUCGAUAAACGAGUCUGCGUUGUUUAAAGUUUGCGGGCAAGUCAAUUCAUACCUCAUCAAACGAUCUACUCAUCAGGAUCCUGAAUUCCUUUUCAGUAUGCAGAAAUCUGGUCGUCCAGUAGAAAUCACUCUGACAGAUGAGGAGGGUCACGAACACAAUAUUUCUGAAAAGCGAAUGAUAACCACAAACAAUCUGAAUCGUUGUGAUACUCGCAUUCCUACUUCACAAGAUUCGAAGGGCUUCUACAGCUGGAGUACCAUUAGAUAUAUGCCUACUGGUAACACGGUGAUUCAGCACCAUCGAGUUGUUGAUCCAGUAAACACUGGUUCCCAGUUUUAG